AUGGUGAAUGCAUCGAUGGAAUUGGUAAAUACAGUUUACUCUCGUUUGAUAGAGCAGAAUCUGGAUUGUUGUAAAUUUUGCUUCGAUACUUGCUCACUGGUUCAGCCAUGUUCGUGUCAGCCGGGUUAUGAGGGUCGGUACUGUGACCAGAAGGUCGACUUUUGUCAUCCAUCACCGUGUCUGAACGGUGGUAGUUGUAUUGCGCGCAAUAAUUCUGCUGUAUGCACUUGUGCUACUGGCUAUUUUGGAGCAAGAUGUCAGCAGAAUGUGAGUGCUUUUUAUCACUAA